AUGUCCUCCCCGGCGCCGCUGCUGCGCCCGCCCAUUCCCGGAGCGGGACGACAACAAUCUGGCAGUAGAGUCCCGCGACUCGGCCUGGCAAUCCCGUCAUCACCGAGCCAGCGGCCCGUCAACAGUGCGGCUGCGCCGCCAAUGUCAGACAACUCGAACAURCCUCCACUCACGAUCCCCACACGACAAGCACCGCCGAAACUGAGUCUGGCAACGCCCAUGGGCACUUCUCACACCCCACAAGAGGGUCAGGCCAGACGGAGAGGGCCGCCUCUACAAAUCUCCGCACCAGGACUAUCUGCAGGCACGGGUAGCAGUGGAGACUCUGCACACAGUAGAACGAAUAGCUUUGGGAAUACAACUCAGAAUGGCGACAAGGACCCCGGCUCUGCUACAGGUUCCAUGUAUAGCUCCAGCUCGGCACACUCAAUAGGCAUGGAGCGGGGAGACAGCAUGCAGGGCGGACUGCCGGAUCUGGAGAAGUUGAGUUUGGAAAAGGGCCGACCGUUGGAUGUCGAAGAUCUUGAUGAUUCGGGAUGGAAGGCAGCAAAGAAGGAGGGCCGCAUAGUGGAGCUGGGGAGUCUCGGUGAAGGAGCCGGUGGAGCAGUAACAAGAUGCGUGCUGAAGGGCGGCAAGACAGUAUUCGCUUUGAAAAUCAUCACUACAGAUCCCAAUCCGGAUGUCAAGAAACAGAUUGUGCGUGAGCUUUCGUUCAACAAGUCGUGUGCGUCCGCACAUAUUUGCCAAUAUUAUGGCGCUUUCAUGGACGAUACCGCUGGCACGAUUGGGAUUAGUAUGGAAUUUUGCGAGGGCGGCUCAUUGGACAGCGUCUACCGUGAAGUGAAGAAACUCGGUGGCAGAACGGGCGAAAAGGUGCUUGGAAAGGUCGCAGAGGGUGUGCUAAAUGGACUGACAUAUCUCCACGGUCACCGGAUCAUCCAUCGAGACAUUAAACCGUCCAAUAUUCUUCUGACGCGAAAGGGAGAAGUGAAGCUUUGUGACUUUGGUGUGAGCGGCGAGUUCGGUACCAAAGGUGACGCAAAUACAUUCAUUGGAACCAGCUAUUACAUGGCGCCCGAGCGGAUUACUGGACAGAGCUAUACAAUUACCAGUGACGUUUGKAGUCUGGGUGUCACAUUAUUGGAGGUCGCACAGCAUCGCUUCCCUUUCCCGGCCGACGGCACGGAUAUGCAACCUCGAGCUGGCCUCAUUGAUCUCCUCACAUACAUUGUUCGACAACCGAUACCCAAGCUCAAGGACGAGCCCGAAAGCGACCUGACGUGGAGCGAUAAUUUCAAGUAUUUCAUUGAUUGCUGUCUUGAGAAAGAUGCCCUCCGACGAGCCACUCCCUGGCAUAUUACGAAACACCCUUGGAUGGUUGAGAUGAAGACCAAACGGGUCGAUAUGGUACGAUUUCUCAAAACUGUUUGGGACUGGACGGAUUGA